GCUUCAGUACCCAUUUGAAAUGGGUUGAAGACGCUCGGUCGUGGAUAUUAUUUUUUGUUAUAAUUUCUGUUUAUGAGUUCUCAUUGUUCAGCGUGGUGGUGGGGAGCGAGUACAUAGGAGGGAGAUUAGGCGAUGCAAUGGAGGGGAUGCGGACGGAUUUCGGGCCCUCAGACAUUUUUCAAAUUUUAGUUGAAUUAUGAUUUCGGUGUGUGCGUCGGCGAGAAGCGAUUUGUGACAUUUGAUGUGUAAUAACGUUUCGAACAGUGCCUGUCGAUUGUAUUGUUAUUAGUCUAUUAUAGCUGAUUGUAUUGACUAGUACCAAACCGAUGUCAACUUGCUCAAGUCAGCCGAUCAUGUACAUACAUAUCGCGAAACUAGUUUGAUUAGAUCACCGCUACUGUGCCAUUAGAUUAGACUAAAACAAGUACAGUAUAGUGAAGUGAUGAUGCAUUUGACGACUUCUUAUCACUGAGAUAACGGUGCGUGUGAUGCCGUCUGCUGUUCACCACUGACCGGUGUUUGCAUCAGAUGGUGAACAUGGCAGAGGCUGAAACGGGGGCGGCAAUGUUCGUCCAGCAGCACCGACUUCACGCGAACGGCAUGAUUGGCAGUGGAUCCGACCUGACCUCCGACUCGGAGCCCGACGACAGUCCUCCGACUCUGCUCUACCAGCAACAGCAGCAGCAGCAGUUCGGCGGCAAACGCAACAAGCGCAAGAACUUCAUGCCGCGCAACAUCGCCUACUCGGAGGAGGCGGACGAAGGGGAGUCGAGAGAUGGCAGUCCGUUGGACCUGAGCGGAGCCGACUGCGGAAUGCCGCCCGGCGGAAAACGAUUCCGGAAAACGCUGCUGAGUGUGAGCACAGAGCUGCAAGCACCGCCAAACUCCAGACGCAGUCCUGAACCAACACCAGGCGCCACCCCCGCCCCCAUGGACCUCAGCUGCGGCCGCUCUUCGCCCGCCCAGUCCGACUCUGAGUCGGAUGCGUCCGAGUCGUCCGACGCCACCCGACCGCUGCCCGCCAGUCUGGCCGCCCAGCAGUACCUGCUGCAUCACGCAUUCCUCGCUCAGCCCGCUGACGCCGCCUCCGAUCUCCGCGACUUCGCUCACAGAACUGUCAAGGAGCUGCUCGAGAUCUACGACCUCAACAGUCCUGAGGUGGCCGAGUCCAUCACCAACAACAUACCCAUGUCCAACUUCAACUCUGGGAAGAUCCUGGAAUCGUUGUCAGCGAGAGCGCUGGCGCUGCGAGGGCCCCACAGCCCGGGGUCACAACCGCCGACGCCCCCCCGGACACCCCUCUCCCCUCACGGCAAGGCCAGCUCUAGUCCGCUUCCGCUCAGUCUGCCCAGACCCAAAAUUCCGGGUCUCGACUCCGUGGCUGCCAAGUUUGCUUCCAGUGCCCCACUGCUACCUAAUUCUAGGGUGAGCCUUCCACAGAACAUGGCGACAAUUUUCGCUCUGGCAGGGCUUCCAGACCCGACUCGGCCCUCCAGCAAGCCACUGGCAGCCAGCAGCAAUAGCGGCAGCAAUGCCGGUGGAGGAGUCGCGCCCUCGCCUAACCCUGUUCCAGCCCAUGCUGCACCCCAACCAAACGAACUGCAAGGCGGUCAAAUGAGAAGGCUUGGCAGUCCACCGCGUGACAAUAAGCUUGUGAUUCCGAUCGACUACUCACGUUACGUGAAGAGGUUUGGAAGUGCUCUGGAAUGCGGUUCGUCUUAUUGCAAAGAAUUGAAUUACAGAGAGCACUUUCAUUGCUUAGACUGCAACUCAAGAGUGUUUGUGAAGAAGGAGGAAAUGAUAAGACAUUUCAAAUGGCACAAGAAGCGAGAUGAGUCCCUCCAGCACGGUUUCAUGAGGUACUCGCCCAGUGACGAUUGCUCUGAUCGAUACAGGAACUGUACGCAUAACAGGAAGCAGACCCAUUACCACUGUAUCCAGGGCACUUGUGACAAGGUGUACAUCAGCACAUCAGACGUGCAGAUGCACGCCAACUACCACCGCAAGGACUCGGCCAUCAUCCAGGAGGGCUUCCAGAGACUGAGGGCGACCGAGGAGUGUCGCACCCCCUACUGCGCCUUCUACGGCCAGCGCACCACGCACUUCCACUGUCGUCGCGACCACUGCCAGUACACCUUCAAGAACAAAGCUGACAUGGAAAAACACAAGACAUAUCACAUAAAAGAUGAACAAUUAGCACGAGACGGGUUCAAAAAGUUCCUGAAGCCAGACGUGUGCGGAUUCGCCAACUGCCGGUUCUCGCAGGUCUGCAACCACAUCCACUGCGUCCGCGACGGUUGCUCGUAUGUGCUGCACUCUAGCGGCCAGCUGCUCAGUCACAAGCGCAAGCACGAACGCAAGGACAGUGAGAUCGCCUACCGCAAGUUCAAGCUCGCGCAACAGGCCGUUGUCAACAUCUCCAACAGCGAGCAGGGAGGCGACGUGUCGCCAGGCAGCUCGCUGCACCUUCUGCAGCAGGCAUCGUCCUCUCUGGCUGCCCUAACAGCUCUGCAUGACAGCAACUUCAGCACCAGCUCCAGUGAGGGCCGCCUGUCACCACCCCCUCUCUCCCUCUCACUCACCUCCACCCCCUCCACAACUCCCACGCCACGCAUUCGCACACCGCAGACUAUGACUCCACUGCAGUUCAAGCUCAACUCAGGAACACCUCCCUCGCCAUUCUUCAUAGACCAAAUGACGUCAUCGACAUCGGCCAUCGACCUGAGCGGCGACGAGCCGACGGAAGUGUGGCCCAAGUUCAUGAUGCACUGCGCGGCUAGCCAGCUGUGUUCGGCCGGCACCAAGUGCUCGCUCUACCAGAAGGACCACUACCACUGCAGGGAGCCUGGCUGCGAUGUGCCCUUCAGAUCGAUUGAAACGGCGGAGGCCCAUGCGAGGAUGCAUGAAACACAGGAGCGUGUGAAUGAGAAUUUCCAUCCAGAUAAUCCUGCGCUAUGUAAAGAAACCUGCCCACGUGAGAAACAUUUCCACUGCACUUGGGAGGGGUGCGAGGAGUCGGUUCUACCUGGAGAAAGAUUGGAUCAUUUGCGAGCGCAUGAAAUUUCAGCCGCACAAAGCAAUUCUCUUGAUGCAUUGUUCCGUAGGAAGCGUGGAAGACCACCAAAGAAUAGGAUAAUCGAGGUUUGGAAUGACUAUGCUGGAGGCAUGGGCUCGGACUCACCGCAGGCUAUAUUCACCAGUUUCAAGCUGCCCAAACCCACACCACAGGCGGACAGUGCUGACCAGCGAUCACCCUCCCCAGCCUCUGAGUCAUCUGCCAGGCUCUCAAUACAAUUCCCACAACUGCACGGAUUCCAGCACUACUUGGAUGGGUGCCCUGAUUUGUUGUGCACCUACUCGAGCAAGCCACAGCACUACCACUGCACGCGCGUGCGCUGCUUCUUCGCCACCGACAACGAGGAACAGCUGCUCCUCCACUCCAGGGACUUCCACGCCAAUGUCGACAUACUCGACGGCUUCUUCUUCUUUGACAAGUCGGUUGACUGUCGGUUAGAAAGCUGUCAAAGCAAUAAAAUCACCGGCCAUUUCCACUGCAUUCACCCUGGUUGUGGAUCAUCGUUCACUAAAUCGUCCGGCAUGCAUCUGCACCAGGCUAAGCACAUGGCUGAAAUGAACUCAUCACGUUCUCCUUCCAAUGACACGUCUGUUGACCUGAGUUCAGUGAAAGUUGAAGUGAAACUCGAGCGAGACUCAUCACCUAGGAGUUCUCCAAUUCAUUCUCCAGAAACAAAUAAUGGCGGAAGUAAUCAGAGCAAUUCGACUCCAAGAGCAGUGGUGAAGGCUUCAGGCACUUUCUACCCUCUCUGUGGCUUGUCCAAUGUUAGAAGCUCUUCCCCUACAUCCCCAGGCUCAGGUGAAGCAGUAGUAAAGUCUGAACCGACAACCGAGAAAAUGCCUGACACAUUCCCUGAGUGGAUGAGUUUGGAGAGGCAUGAAAAGUAUGGCCCCGAAACAUCGUGUAGUAGACCGUUCUGUAAACUGAAAAGGAAGGAGCACUACCAUUGUAAUGUUUGUAAUCAGGCAUUCUCUGAACUGGAAAGACUGCGACCCCACAUUGCCAAGCACAGUCCUGGAGCCAUUCCGCCAUUAUUAGUCAAACCUGAGAAUAAUAACAAUGAAGAGACAGAUGACCAUCCGCACCCUGGAGUUACGUCGUUCCUGUCGAUCCAAAUGGACUCACCAGACAUGCAGCCCCCUCCUCCACCACCACCACCACACUACCCCGGCUUCAGUGCAGCGAUGGCUGCGGCGGUUGCAGCCAAUCAGCAGCUGGCUCUCAUCACUUCUCAGGGCAUUCCCUUCAUGCCUCAUGGCAUGCCCGCGCUCUACACCUCUCCCUCUGGUUUGAUGUUUGCAGCACCUCCAGGGUUCAACCCACAGCACACCGCUGCACUGCUCAGCAAUGGAUUGCUAGAGUCAGCACGAAACUCUUCUCUCGAUCCAUCUGCUGAACUUCAUAUGCAAAGAAUGUAAGAAAUUACAAUCUCACUCGAAAGUUGUGUUUUGAUUUUAAAAAAGGAUAGAGGGAACAGCUUCAACUAAUUUAGUUCGGUUGCUGAGAGAUCAUCAUUUCUUAUAUG